AUCCGAAUAGAGAUCAUGGAAAAAGAUACCAUUUCUUACACCGAACUGGACUUUGAGCUGAUCAAGCUGGAAGUGAGGGAGAUGGAGAAACUGAUCAAACAGCUGAAGGACGGUUUUGUUGGAAGCUCAGUGAUCGUUGACCAGCUGGAAGUGGAGAUAAGGAAUAUGACAGUCCUGGUGGAGAAGCUUGAGACGCUAGACAAAAACAAUGUCCUUGCCAUUCGCCGACAAAUCCUGGCUCUGAAGGAGAAACUCAAGGAAUGUGAGGACUCUAAAGUCGAAAACCAUCCUGGGGUACCCCCUCCCCCUGCACCAGGGAGCUGUGCUCACGGCGGUGUGGUGAACAUCAGCAGACCGGUUAUAAUUCAGCUCAACUGGAGAGGGUUUUCCUAUAAGUAUGGCGCCUGGGGUCGGGAUUACUCUCCUCAGCACCCAGGCAAAGGGCUGUACUGGGUGGCACCUUUGAAGACUGAUGGGAGAACUUUGGACUAUUACAGACUCUACAAUACUCUGGAUGAUUUGCUGUUGUACACAAAUGCCCGAGAGAACUGGAUUGGCUAUGGCCAAGGUGGUGGUACAGUAGUUUAUAAGAAUAACAUGUAUGUCAACUGGUACAACACCCAGAACAUUGCCAAAGUUAACCUGACCACCAACACAGUUGCUGUGACUCAAACUCUCCCUGAUGCUGCCUAUAAUAACCGCUUUUCUUAUGCUAAUGUUGGUUGGCAAGAUAUCGACUUUGCUGUGGAUGAGAAUGGAUUGUGGGUGACUUAUGCAACUGAAGCCAGCACUGGUAACAUGGUGAUUAGCAAACUCAAUGACACCACACUUGAGGUGCUAAACACUUGGCAUACCAAGCAGUAUAAACCAUCUGUUACUAACACAUUCAUGGUGUGUGGGGUUCUGUAUGCCACCCGUACUCUGAACACCAGAACAGAAGAGAUUUUCUACUACUAUGACACAAACACAGGGAAAGAGGGUAAACUUAACAUUGUAAUGCAGAAGAUGCAGGAAAACCUACAGAGUAUUAACUAUCAUCCUUUCGAGCAGAAACUUUUUGUCUAUAAUGAUGGUUACCUUCUGAAUUAUGAUCUUGUCUUCCAACAGAUACCCCAGUAA